CAGAUUGAUAGAGAGCGAGAGGGAGUUGCAGUGUUGAGUAGCAGGCGAGCAGUCACACAGGCUCCCACACAGUGUGCAAAAAAAAAACACAUCAAAGCAGAACUCUGCGACAUUUUCUCUUUCUCUCCUCGCUCGGGUAGGUUUUCUUUUCUGUCGUGAAUCUAUCAGUUGUCAGUUUCCAGUAUGGAUAUUGGGAGAAGAUUGAACAGAGUGGAGAAUUUCACGUUUAUCAACCCCUGGAUAAAAUACUGUCUCUUCUUCUUCAGUUUCCUCUUCUGGACCAUCUCUCUGGUGAUUGUUGCCAUUGGGGUUUAUGCCAAAAUUCAGAAAGCCACAGAUGCUGUGCGGGACACAUUUCUAAUCGACCCUGCAAUAAUCAUGAUUGCAGUCGGAGCCGUCAUGUUUUUAAUCACCUUCUGUGGCUGUGUGGGGGCUCUGAGAGAAAACAUCAUGUUGCUGCACGUGUUCUCAUUCAGCCUGAUGUUCCUCUUCCUGGUGCAGUUGGUCGUUGCAAUCCUGGGAUUCGUCUACUCAGAUAAGGCUCAAAACGCAGUUCGUAAAUUCAUCAAAAAAGCUAUUAUUCAUUAUCGAGAUGAUAUUGACCUGCAGAACCUGAUCGACUAUAUCCAGAAUGAGUUUCAGUGCUGUGGUUGGACCACAUACACAGAUUGGUCGAAGAACAUGUAUUUUAACUGCACGCCUCAGAACCCCAGCCCAGAGCGCUGUGGUGUGCCAUAUUCCUGCUGUAUACCGGUUCCUGGAGAGUCAGUGAUCAACACAAUGUGUGGCUUUGAGAAGCAAAGACUAAACCAGAUGGAGGCCUCCAAGUUCCUACAUCCCGUUGGAUGUGCUGAUAAAGCAGUGAUCUGGAUUGAGGGUCAUCUGUUCCUGGUGGGAGGCAUUGUUCUCGGCCUGGCACUGCCACAGAUUGCAGGAAUUGUCCUUUCUCGAAUCCUGAUCGGGCAGAUCAAAGAGGAGAUUAAGUCAAUAUAGUUACCAAAGUAUUAUAUUCACAACUGUGGUAAUCUUGGCACCUGGGAACAAAACAAGAGCAGUGGGGAUCUUGGUCAAGAAAGAAACAAAUGACAAUGAAGAGACGUUUGACUUUACCUCUGAAAUAUUAAUACUGUCCGUACCAGAUCCCACUGCAGUUCAUUUGUAGGGGUAUGUUUAAAUUACAGUUAACCAAGUGUAAGCUGCAGUUAACCAAGUAUAAGUAUUCGAGGAUUCGGUGCAGGAGUCAGAGUCAGUGAAUCGCUAGACUCACUUCUGAACUUUCGCCUUUGGGACCACAAUCUAUACUCCCAGAGGUAAAUACAGAAAAAUCAUCAGUGAUUUCAGAAACUGGGGAUGUGCAGUCAUGGAAUUAAGAAUGAGGUUAGACAUUUCAAUCAUGACUUCACUUCACAAAGUUCAGAAAUCAAGUAGCUAUAAAGGGGUGAAAUUAAUAAUAAUAAUCCUGACAAUUUGGUACAGUGCUUU